AUGAACAACACCACCAUCCCCCCCACCUCUGAUCACCACCAUCAAUGGCUGCCAUUCUACGACCACCAAUCCGGCGCCAUUGACGGCCAGCCACCACCGCUGCCGCUUUCCCACGACACCACCAUCGACUCCUCCAGCCCUAGUGCACCCAACAAUGCUCACCAGUUGACCCCAAAAGGCAGCGUGUCAAAGGCAGCCAAAAGAAGGUCUAGGGCUUCCAAGAGAACCCCCACCACCCUCCUCAACGCCAACGCCAACAAUUUCCGAGCCCUGGUGCAGCAAUUCACCGGCUGUCCUAGCGCGGCCAUUUCCUUUGGAAACCAGAAAGGUCCGGUCAACUUGGACUUUGGAAGAGGGAGAGAAGAAAACCAGCAGAUUAUAUCUUCAUUAAUGGCGCCCUUUACUAACAAUAAUAAUUAUGAUGAUCAUCAUCAUUUCCUUCAACAAUCUCAGUCUCAGCAGUAUCAUCAUCAGCAGCAGCAGCUGCAGCACCAAAGUAUGUACUCUUCUGGGAAUAUCAUGAAUAUCAAUGCAUCAAGCAACGUAGAGAUUGCUGACGGGUUUGUAUUGGACGAUAAUGUUUCUUUCCAUCAUUUGACGAUGGAUUCUUUCUCUGGUGAUCCGAAGAGUAGUAGUGAUGGGUUCUUUUAG